AUGAAAGUGACGGCUCUUUUCAUGAAAGUUUGCUGUUGUGAGGGUGAAUACAGCGACGAUGAGCGUAUGCUGAUCAAUGAUGAAGAAGAAUGUGAAACUAAUAUUAUGUCUAGUAGAGGUCGCACUUCACGCGAGUCGUUGACGAACACAUGGGCGCCUGGUCCAGCUAACAACUCUGUACAAGGAACUCCAGUGACGAGAAAUAUUCAGGCUGAUAAUGAAGAAGAGCAGAUGCUGAGACAGAUUAUUGAUGCUACUAGACAGAAUAUUGUCGUUAUUGGCAACACGAACGAUCUAGCCCCAAAUAAUGAGGAAAUAGCGCGUGCUAAGCAGUACCAUGAUAUUGUGAAACAGCACGAUAGUCGUCUUUGGAAACUACAUCCUCCUAGCUCAGACGAUGUGGAUCUGUGUGGCUUAAAAGAUAACGGUGAUCAUUUUCUUGAAACCUUAUGUUGUGAUCCUUUAUCUGCUGAGCAGGUCGCUGCUUUCAAAGAUUUGACGAGGCAGUUAUCAGAAGCUGUUGCUUCCGGGAUGCAGAUUCAGCACAAACAAGACAUCAUUGUUCACAUGCCACUUGACGAUAAUGUCACCGAUGAGGAGUCUUAG